CUCGAACGGGUAUUUCUCUGUCGGAAUGUGGAAUCAUUAUAUCCUAAUUUUAAUGUCAUAGCAAAAUUCAAUGUAGCAUUCAAUCCGAGCCAAUUGUCGAAUGCAUUGACCAGAAUUUUGAGGCAAAGAAUUUGGCUAACUUAUAAUUUUUACAAAUUAAGUGAAGAAGAUGAUUCGGUAACCGGAUAUACCGACUGGGAACUUCGGACUGUGCUGAAGAUCCGUUUUGAUGAUGUUGUCAGUUUUGAGCGUGUCGAAGUUUUUAACAAGGAAAUAUUCAAUAGAGUGUCAAGGCUCUAUGUCCCGGUAAACGUAGAAAAUCUUCCCCUCUGGAGGAUUAAAGUGUUUGAGCUACCUACAGGAGAACAAUAUUUGUGUAUCUAUUUUGAUCACAUAUUGUAUGAUGGUCUCUCUGGAGUACAACUCCAUAAGGAAAUUUGCGAGGAAUUAUCACAAUUGACAGAUGAAAAGCAAGUGGAGUAUAUCUUUGACCUUGAAAGAGAUUACGAGUAUCUUCCACCUUAUCCAGAUCCACCUAUUGAAAACAAUAAGGUGUACAAGCCAGCAGUUACAGAGCUCCUUGUGGCUAAGUUUACUCAGCUAUUUCCUCGAGUUACUAAGACAUUUGAGUACUUAAGCAUGCUUUUAUCCGAUAUGAAACCUAAUUGUGCCAAAAACCCCGUAUUUAAAACAGGCAAGGCUGUCCCAGUUCCGGAUUCAAAAUUUGCAAUUGCCAACUUGAGUUCAAGCCAACUUGAAAAAGUCCUUCACUAUUGCAGGUCGCAGGGACUCACUUUAACUCCAUAUGUACAAGCAAUAGCCAUGGAAUGCUUGGAAGAAAUAGUUUUCCCCCAUUAUGCCACAGGUCAUAAAUUCAGUACGGAGACUGCCAUAGCCAUUGAUGUUAGACGGUACUUACCAGCCCAACUGGAAUUUAAUUUCGGCUGUAAUGCAACGGUGCAAUACUUUCAUCUACCCCCUCUCUCUGGAUGCACGCAGAAAUUCAUGAGGUAUGUACAGGCUGCUUUGCAUAAGACAAUCGAAAAACGUAAGUUGGGUGUAAUUCAUGCAUUGGGCAUUAUAAGAUACCUCUCGUAUGAGCAGUUUUAUCCUAUUGUCAAGAAAGCAGUCAGGCAUACAUUGUUAAUUUCAAACGUUGGCAAGGUUAAGCAACCAGAAAGUACAUAUCAGAUUCAGGACAUUUAUUUCAGUCAGUGCAUUGGUUUGCGGUAUUACAUGACUGUUUGUAUGAUAAGUUGCUCCGAAGGAGGGUUGAAUGCGGUUGUAUCGUAUCUUCCUGAAUUUGAUGACUUAUAUGAUGGUGACAGAAAGACAAUGGAUAUUUUUGUUGAACGUUUCAAGCAGAGAUUGAUGGGCUAUUUG